UUUAGUCACUCUCCGCACCACAAAAUGAACAAAGUCAUAUUACGGAUUCCAGCGCUGCUGUUUCUUCUAGGAAUUGGCGCAGUGUCGGCGCAACCAGAUGGCCGCAUAGUUGGUGGUACAGAUACCUCCAGUUACUAUACCAAAUAUGUGGUGCAGUUGCGCAGGCGCACUUCCUCGAGCAGCUCCUACGCCCAAACCUGCGGUGGUUGCAUCCUGGACGCGGUGACAAUAGCAACCGCAGCCCAUUGUGUCUACAACCGCGAGGCGGAGAAUUUCCUGGUGGUGGCAGGAGAUGAUAGCCGUGGUGGCAUGAAUGGCGUGGUGGUGCGCGUUUCCAAAUUGAUACCCCACGAGUUGUACAACGCCUCCACUACGGAUAACGACAUUGCUCUGGUGAUUGUGGAUCCUCCCCUGCCAUUGGCUAGCUUUAACACCAUGGAGGCCAUUGAAAUCGCCUCGGAGCCACCAGCCGUUGGAGUCCAGGCCACAAUCAGUGGUUGGGGUUACACCCAGGAGAAUGGCCUGCCCUCCGAUCAACUGCAGCAGGUUAAGGUACCAGUUGUCGACUCGGCAAAGUGCCAGCAAGCCUACUACUGGCGUCCAAUCAGCGAGGGAAUGCUCUGCGCCGGGCUAUCGGAGGGCGGAAAGGAUGCCUGCCAGGGAGAUUCCGGAGGACCUCUGGUUGUUGCUAACAAGCUGUCCGGCAUUGUUUCCUGGGGGGAAGGAUGCGCACAGCCAAACUAUCCUGGCGUUUACGCAAAUGUGGCCUACUUUAAGGACUGGAUAGCCAAACAGCGAGCAGCUUAUGUAUAACACCUAUUAUAACCGCCGAUUAUAUCAAAUGCCCAAUAAAAUAACGUACUACAAA